AUGUGGACGCAAGCGUGGGAUCUUAUGAUCUCGUGUGUAUUAGUCCUAAUCUCCGGGUUCGUAUCCGGUAUGACGGUAGGAAUGUUGAGUAUCGACUCUGUACAGUUGAAAGUGUUACAAGAUCAGGGAACACUUGAAGAGAGACGUAAGGCAAUGAAACUGGCCCAGAUUCUUUCGAACCACCACCUGAUACUAGUUACGCUAUUGUUAGCUAACAGUAUUGCUCUCGAAGCUUUACCCAUAUUCCUAAACAAAUGUGUGUCAGAAGUGGUAGCCGUUGCGAUGUCAGUCACACUAAUUUUAUUGUUCGGCGAGAUCAUCCCUCAGGCGGCAUGUACGGGCAAGCAUCAAAUGAAGAUUGUGAUGUCGAGCUUACCGGUGGUACAAUUGUUGAUAUCUACAUUGUGGGUCUUGGCUUAUCCGAUAGCUCGUUUAUUGGAUUUUUUGGUCGGGGAGUCUGAGGGUCAGCCAUUGUACGCCCGUUCGCAUUUGAAGGCGCUAAUUAGAUUGCAUCAGAAGAACUCGCAUAGUGAGGAGUGUUCUGUGCGCCACCAUUCGGUAAAUUCCAACGGUGGAUCGGCUUUAUGUGCAGAUGAGGUGGUGGUGAUCGAGGGCGCGUUGGAUUUGGCAUCGAAGUGUGCGCAACAGGUAAUGGUACCCAUUGAUGAUGUGUUUAUGCUGGAGGAGACACAGCCGUUGACUGUGGCAUUGCGGCAGGAUUUGUUAGCCAGGGGGCAUUCGCGUGUGCCGGUGUAUCGCACACACAAGUGGAAUGUGAAAGGAUUAUUGUACGUCAAGUCACUCAUCUGUAUCGACUCACAUGAGACACCGCAGGUUGGCCACCUAGUCAAGUGCACGAAGGCGCCCAUAUUCUGCCACCCACAAACCUCGCUUUACGACCUACUGAACGAGUUCCAACGCGGGCGACAUAUGGCUUUUGUCACUCAAAACCCACUUUGGCACAUCCAUAACUGGGGGCGCGAAACCAACGAAGACAUAGACGCUUCCGCCGCAGAAGACGACCGAGCGCUCGUAGGCAUCACGACCAUCGAAGACAUUAUCGAGGAACUCAUCCAGGAAGAAAUUUAUGACGAAUUUGAUAACUACGCUAGCUCAUACAAUAACGAACUCCUCUCCCCCGCCUCUCCCGCACCCGUUUGCAAAGCGGGCCGUCUCCCCACGAUUGCCAGCGGCACCUUCGUUUCCAGCGGCGGUAGUCCUCUGGCCGGAGCAAUUCCCGACAAACCUCUCACGGGCGGCUCGCUCACGGGCGGCUCGCGCACCGCACUUGUCCAGUCAGGAACCGCGGCUCUCGUCGGCUCCACCACCGCCGCGGGACCGGUGAAGGUCACAAUCCAACGCAAGUCCUUCACAGGGCUAGAUGACCUGAACGAGCGACUGCUCGAAACCUCGCGGGGCGACGCAAGGCCUCCCCAGUCCGUCGGUGCCAACCCCUCAGGUGGAGUGGUCGUCGUCAACAACCUGAAAAAUCUCAAGACCAUAAUCGGCCUGAACCAAGCCAAACGGAAACGCCAAGAUCUUGGCGAAAGCGGCGUCGUCGGCGUAGACGGCAACGUCCCCGCCGUCCCGCCCGCUGCCGUUCCCGCCAUCGGUAAUGCUGUCCUCAUGAUGGGCGUCCCGCGACCCCCCUUCGGACCAACAGAACUCCGACCCGCCACCGCAACGAGCCACCAACCCACAACACCGGCGGCGGAACCCGGACUCGAACCUGCCACCGACGCCGACCGGGUCACCGUCGACGUCCGAGACUGA